UCAAUUGUCAUUCAUAAAACAUGGCAGUUUCUCAGCAAAUCAGCGUCCAAGAACUCAUCAAAACCAAAAUCCAAGAAAUCCCACAAAAAUACGUAAUCGAUCCAGAACCCGCCAUCCAGUCAGAAUUCUCCGUUCCGAUCAUCGACAUGAAGAGCUUCUCCUCCGCCGCCGAAGCCAAGGCUUCGGAGCUCGAAAAAUUUCACUCCGCAUGCAAAGAAUGGGGCAUUUUCCAGCUAGUGAAUCACGGCCUAGACGCUUCGCUGCUGGAGAAGCUGAGGCGAGAAAUUCAUGAGUUCUACGCGAUGCCAUUGGAGGAGAGAUUAAAGUACAAAAUUAGGGCAGGAGAAUUCGAGGGCUAUGGCCAGAAUUUGCUUCAGAAUAGCGGCGAUCAGAAGGUGGAUUGGACCGAUCGCUUCUACAUGAUCACCAACCCCAUCCGUCGCAGAAAGCCUCAUCUCUUCCCCGAGCUCCCCAAGCCUCUCAGGGAGAGCCUGGAGGGGUUCAUAACGGAGCUGCAAAAGGUGGCGAAAUGGAUUUUGGGAUUGAUCGCGGGAGCUCUGGAGAUUGACGUGAAAGAGAUUGAAGAGAUGUUUGAGGAUGGGAUGCAAUCGGUGAGGAUGAACUACUACCCGCCCUGCCCUGAGCCGGACAAGGUUAUCGGGCUGAUGCCACACUCGGACGGGAGUGGCGUGACCAUCCUCCUCCAAGUCAACGGCGUGGAAGGUUUGCAAAUCAAGAAAGAUGGAGUUUGGAUGCCUGUCAAGUUCUUGCCGGAGGCUUUGGCGGUCAAUUUGGGUGACAUUGUUGAGGUGUUGAGCAAUGGAUUGUACAAGAGCAUUGAGCAUAGGGCAACAGUGAAUUCAGAGAAAGAGAGAAUUUCAAUAGCAAUGUUUUUUAACCCUAAUUUUGAAGCAAACGUGGGCCCAUCCCCAGCACUCUUGGCUAAUCAGAAGCCAAUAUUUAAAACUUUGUCAAUGGAGGAGUAUGUUAAUGGCUUCUUUUCUAGGAGGCUUCAGGGCAAAUUUCUAGACUCCAUGAGAAUAUAAUUAUUAUUAUAAUUAUUAUAUUACUGUUAGUAUAAUUAUAAUACACUAGUAUAUCUCUAUUUCAUAAAUGCCCGAUUUGCAUCUAUUUAUAUGCAAAUCUCAUAAUAAGAGUAUAUAUUUUACA